GUAUCGAAAUUAAUGGUGGAAAAAUAGUGGCCCAACAAUAAGAAUCGGAUUAGUUGGAAGUUAGAAUAGAAGCGAGCUAUGUCUCUUCUCUUUACUUGUUAUUCUUCCCCUCUUCCACUGCAACGCACUCAACAAUGUUGGUUAUUACCAUCAUCACUUUCACGGGGCCAAAUCACCACAACCAGAACCAGAACCAGAACCAGAACCAUCGGUUUUCAUUCCAUUCGAAUUGGUAAUAGAAACAAGAUUACAGCGUUUUUCUUUAAUCCCGCACAAGACCCUAUCGUCAAACAAGCUUUCAAGGAACCAGUGGCAUUCUUGGGUGGGAUAUUUGCGGGCAUUUUAAGGCUUGAUUUGAACGAGGAGCCUCUCAAGGAAUGGGUUACGAGGACUGUUGAAGCUUCUGGUGUUAGUGAAGAAGAAACCAAUGCAGAAGGGUCAACCACCGAAGCUGCUCCACAAGAGAUUGAAAUUGAAUAAAACUAUCACUUUUCUCUUCUUAAACUUGCAUAGCAUCAGCAUGUCAACAGCGCAAACCGGUUCAAUUGGUUAUAAAUUGUAUAAUCUUCUAAUCACACAUUUGGCAAACAAAACAUAACAGUUCUGGUCCUUUCUCAAGAUGCUAAAUGUAUUGUGAAGUCUGUAUCUAUUGCUACUGUUAGCUACAUUAUAUUCUCAAGUGUUUUAUUAUGGAAAAUCAAAGACAAAAGAUGCUUUUUCUCGGUACUA